UUGACUAACUACAAUGAAAAUAUGCCUUUCAAGCUCCCUUGACUGAGGUCUUCAGUGCAUUUGGAGCAGCUCUCUCAGUAGCCACUUCAGUGCCGAUACUUCGAAGAAAAUUAUGGAGCUUCCAAGUCAGAAUUUGAAGACACCACUGUUAUUGACUUUAGGAAGAUUUCACAUUUCUGAAGAUUACGGCUUUCUUCUUCCAAAUCCUCUGAAAGAACUUCCAGAUCACUAUAGGCCUUGGAUGGAAAUCGUGAACGAACUUCCUCACUUGAUUGAGAUUCACCAGCUCCGCACUCAAGUGAACAAGCAUUGUGGAACUAGACCAGUUGACCUGGGGCACCAGUCAUUGCCGAUGCCCCUUCUGAACUGCCAGUUCCUUAAGGGUUACCGGGAACAGCGCCUCGCCCACUUGGUCUUGAGCUUUAUUACCAUGGGCUAUGUCUGGCAGGAAGGAGAGACACAGCCCGGAGAGGUUCUGCCCAGAAGUCUUGCCCUUCCCUUUGUGGAAGUCUCCAGGCAGCUGGGGCUCCCUCCUAUCCUGGUCCACUCGGACUUGGUGCUGACAAACUGGAUGACUAGGAAUCCUGAAAGAACCCUGGAUAUCAGCAACUUGGACACCAUCGUGUCGUUUCCUGGGGGGGAAAGCCUGCGUGGUUUCAUCCUGGUGACUGUUUUGGUGGAGAAAGCGGCCGUACCUGGGAUUAAGGCACUUACUCAGGGAGUGAACGCCAUCUUGCAGCGCAGCCAGAACUCCCUGCUCCAAGCCCUGCAGCAGCUGAGACUCUCCAUUCAGGAUGUCACCAGAACCUUAGGACAAAUGCACGAUUAUGUAGAUCCAGACAUAUUUUAUGCAGUCAUCCGGAUCUUUCUCUCUGGUUGGAAAGAUAACCCAGCGCUGCCUGCAGGGUUGAUCUAUGAAGGAGUCUCUGGAGAGCCGCUGAAAUACUCUGGAGGGAGUGCGGCUCAGAGCUCAGUGCUCCACGCCUUUGAUGCGUUCUUAGGUGUCCAUCAUAGCAAGGGAAGUGUUGAGUUUCUGCACAGAAUGCGGGACUACAUGCCUCCCUCUCAUAAGGCCUUCAUAGAAGAAAUCCACUUAGCUCCUUCACUGAGGGACCACAUCCUGGCCUCUGGAGACGGACAACUUCUGGCAGCCUAUAACCAGUGUCUGGAGGCCCUGGCUGAGCUGCGCAGCUAUCACCUCACCGUGGUGACCAAAUACAUUGUCACAGCGGCAGCCAAAGCAAAGGGCAAGAGACCGAGCCACCUCCCAGGGCCACCCCGGGCCCUAGAAGGGACAGGCACAGGGGGUACCAUGGUUCUGAGCUUCCUCAAGAGUGUCAGAGAUAAGACCUUAGAGGCAGUUCUCCACCAAAGUGAUUAAGAGGCUGCCGUCCUCCCAGCAAUGCAAACCCAGCAAGUACACCCUCCUGACAAGUCUCCCCAUUGGGAGGCAGGUGGGCCUGGGGAUCGAGGCUGAAGAGUCCUGUCUGGGAUGAUCCCAAGGGACUUCAGCCCCAUCCAUGCACCUGCUCGGUAGAACACCAUCUUCUCCUUUGGUGAGAGCGGUUAGUGUUCACAGAAGGAAGGUUUUCAUGACCUGAAACUCCCCUUUCCCUGCCGGAUUGCUGGUUCAUAGCAAACCACUUUGGAAAUUCCCUCAGUGAGAACCCCACAGAGGAGGAGUGUACCCUUAUUCGAUUUGCAAAGUAACAGAAAACCAAUCUGAAUUUCAAAAACCAAAUAAAACUGACUGUGGACAGAUCACCAUGUUGAUUUCUUGGAAAAACAAAUGAAAUAUUUAUGCAUGCUUUCUUUCACUUAAAAACAUGUGAAGUUCCUCCUGAGUUUGGGAGGAGGGAUCAGAGCGGAGCAUUUUGUCACCUUUGUCCCUGUGGGAGUUUGGAAAUGCUCCUGGGGCAACGCGGAGGGUGGAGGCCAACAGGAAGGCUUGGAAGUCACCAGGAUGAAGCGGGGACAGAGGGGACCUCCAUGCGGCUCAGAAGUUUGCAUCUUGUAUUUUAGUUUCCUUCUUUAUUUUCAGAAGAAGGACUCUUUUCCUUCCACUGAAAGUUUGUAUUGGUGAAAUGAAUUAAAUGACUUUUUGGAAAUGAGCAAAAUGGCAAUAAAUAGUAAAAU